UUAUAAUGUGACUUCAGAGUUAGUUAAGUUUUAAAUUUUUUUUGCUGAUAAUGCGGAAUGAUAAGGAAAAAUUACUUCUCCCAAGAACCUGAAGAGUACAUCUUAAGUUAAUGCAACAUGUGGACUCUGAUCUCAAGAUCUUCAUAUAAUUAAUUAUAAUUACUCAAGAAAGUGUUGUUGAAAUUGCUUCAAUCAUUUCUCUCUUGAUUAGCUGCCACAUUUAUAAUUUGUUCAAGUUUUGCAGAGGAAUUUAUCGAUAGUACUAAGAGUAGAUGCGUAAAUCAAAUCUGAUAAAGAAAUUGGGAGCAUGGAGAGGGAUACACAGGUUAAUCUUCAUACUCUGUAUACUUGCUCUUCUUAUAUGUAUGGCUACUUUCUCCAAAAUUUAUUCUUUUCGAUCUUUUCUAGCUUCGAAUUCCUUCUGCAACUGUAACACUUCAAUCAACUCUUGUACUAUCAAUCACCACGUCGAUUUAACACUGGAUACUGUAAUCCAGAAAAUCCAGUAUGAGAUUGACAUUUUGCGACAGCUGCCAAAUGAAAAAGUUUUCGGAAAACAGGCAAUUUUUCUAGCAGAUAUUUUAAAUCUAGUUGAAUCAGUACAGAGUUCACUAGUACAAAAUAGUGAACCUGGAGCAGUGUUACAUUCCUUAUCAAGACAAACAGAACAGGUAAAUGAACCUGCUGAAUAUUUCUUAACUGAAGAAAUUCGAAAAUACGUGAGGAUUAAACCAAACAGGUUGAAAAAACAGAACUUUAUGGGUGCUAAUGGUACAUUUACUAGCAUAGGUCAUGCUUGUUUCUCCAUGAAAUCGGAGCUGGAAGAGUACAUGGAUUAUGACGUUGGCGAAAUGUGUAAUGAUGAUUGGAGAUUAGCACAGAAACUUAUGGUUCAUGGAUGUGAUCCAUUACCUAGAAGAAGAUGUUUUGCUAGAGCUCCUCAAUUGUACAAUAAACCAUAUCCCAUAAAUGAAUCAAUUUGGAAGUUACCUGAUGACAAAAAUGUUAGAUGGAGUCAAUACAGAUGCAAAAAUUUCACUUGUUUGGCUAGAAAUUCAAGUGUAAAAGGUUUUUUCAAAUGCACAGAUUGUUUCAAUCUUACACAUCAUGAAUCUCCUAGAUGGAUUGUUCAUUCAUAUCAAGACUCGAGUUCAAAAAUGACAGCUGAUAUAUUGAUAACAGAAGUGCUUAAUUUGAAGCCUGGAGAGAUCAGAAUUGGACUGGAUUUCAGCGUUGGCACGGGCACAUUUGCUGCUAGAAUGAGAGAACACAACGUGACUAUAGUUUCUGCAACAAUUAAUCUCGGUGCACCAUUCAACGAGAUGAUUGCUCUUCGAGGGCUAAUUCCUCUUUACAUGACGAUAAAUCAGAGAUUACCAUUCUUCGAUAACACUCUAGAUUUGAUUCACACGACGAGGUUUCUUGAUGGAUGGAUUGAUUUUGUGCUCCUGGAUUUCGUGUUGUAUGACUUUGAUAGAGUUUUGAGGCCUGGUGGACUUAUAUGGAUUGAUAGUUUUUUCUGUUUGAAGGAAGAAUUGAAUGAUUAUUUAGAGGCAUUCAAGAUUCUCAGGUAUAAACAACAUAAGUGGCUUGUUGUUCCUAAGCUAGAUAAAGAUGAUAGUGAAGUGUUUUUCUCUGCAGUGCUAGAAAAACCACCAAGACCUUUCCGAUGAAUUAUUUUUAUUUCAUACAAUAAUGUUGGUACUGAUUUUGUUCGUCGAUUUUAUACAUUUUGAUCCAACAAUAGAUAGGAUACAAUGUGA